AUGGCCUGGCUGCGACUGUGCGCGCUCAGCGCAGGCGUCGCCGCCUUCCAGAACAACGCGCCGACGACGAAACGGGCCCUCGAGGGCCUGCGCGCCGCGUGGCUCGAAGAACAGCAGUCAGUCGCUGGACUUGACGGUCAGUCCAACGACGAGGCCGAGGUCGCCGCGCGGGCGGCCCUCGACGCGAUCCGCGCCGACGGCCGCCUCGUGAACGACGCGGAGGCCGAGCAGGCCGCGUGGGAGGCCGCGUGGAUCGCGGUCAAGGUCGCGAACCUCGAGCGCCUCAAGAACGAGAAGAACUUCGCGGCGGGCAAGGCCGCCGAGGACGUCAAGGGCUACGUGCCGCCGCUCGGUGGCCGCGCCGCCGGGUCCCUGGACACCUUCGCGCAAGAGAAGCCCAAGGCCGUGGGCGGCUCGUCCGCGCCGGCCUGGCUCGCGGGCAACGUCGCCGGCCUCGGCGAGCAGUCGGCCGCGGAGCAAGCGCUCGCGAGCAUGGAGCAGGAGCGCGUCGCAGCGGCCGCCCCGGCCGCGGCCGCCACCAGCGGCUCGAUGGACCACUUCGCGUCCACGGCGGGCUCGUUCAAGGGCAAGGACCGCGACUUCAAGGCCAUGGGCGCCGCGUCCGGCCCUGAGUGGCUCUCCGGCUCCGCCGCCCCGGCGGCCGCCCCGGCGGCCACAGCCACGCCGGCCAAGGCCGCCGCCAGCGGCAACAUGGACCACUUCGCGUCCACGGCGGGCUCGUUCAAGGGCAAGGACCGCGACUUCAAGGCCAUGGGCGCCGCCGGCAACAUGGACCACUUCGCGUCCACGGCGGGCUCGUUCAAGGGCAAGGACCGCGACUUCAAGUCCAUGGGCGCCGCGUCCGGCCCUGAGUGGCUCUCCGGCUCGGCCGCACCUGCGGCCGCCGCCCCUGCUGCCGCGUCCCCGGCGGCCUCCACGGGCAACAUGGACCACUUCGCGUCCACGGCGGGCUCGUUCAAGGGCAAGGACCGCGACUUCAAGGCCAUGGGCGCCGCGUCCGGCCCCGAGUGGCUCUCCGGCUCGGCCGCCCCUGCGGCCGCCGCCCCUGCUGCCGCGUCCCCGGCCGCCUCGACCGGCUCGAUGGACCACUUCGCGUCCACGGCGGGCUCGUUCAAGGGCAAGGACCGCGACUUCAAGUCCAUGGGCGCCGCGUCCGAGCCCGAGUGGCUCUCCGGCUCCACCACCCCCGCGGCCGCCCCGGCGGCCACAGCCGCCCCGGCCAAGGCCGCCAGCGGCUCGAUGGACCACUUUGCGUCCACUGCGGGCUCGUUCAAGGGCAAGGACCGCGACUUCAAGGCCAUGGGCGCCGCGUCCGAGCCCGAGUGGCUCUCCGGCUCCACCACCCCCGCGGCCGCCCCGGCGGCCACGGCUGCCCCGGCCAAGGCCGCCAGCGGCUCGAUGGACCACUUCGCGUCCACGGCGGGCUCGUUCAAGGGCAAGGACCGCGACUUCAAGUCCAUGGGCGCCGCGUCCGGGCCCGAGUGGCUCUCCGGCUCCGCGGCGGCAGGCAUGGGUUGCCUGCGGUUGUGCGCGCUCCUCACGGCGGUCGCCGCCUUCACGACGCCGCCGUCGGAGCUGGGCGCGACGGCCCUGCGCGGGGUCCUCUCCACGUUCGAGAGAGCGGCCGAGGUCCCCUUCAAAGUCUUUGGGACGGAGUCGGGCGCAAUGCAGCUGCUCCAGCGCCUCCGGACGGGUCGCGAGCCGGGGCCCUUCCCGCGGCGCGGCGACGCCGUCGCCGAGCAGCCGGCGCUCGACCGCGAGACGCGGCUCCGGGACGCCGCGUGGCUCGACCGCGACGCCCUCGCGCCGGUCGUCGAAUCCGUCGAGCCCGUCAAGGCCGCCUCCCUCGACUUCGAGACCAGCGAGGCCGAGCUCGAGGCGCGGGCGGCCGCGGCCGCGCUCCGAUCCGAGGCUCGGCGCGUCGGACGGGCCUCCCGGGAGGCCGCGUGGGUCGCCGCCACGGGCACGAACCUCAAGCGGCUUGAGAACGCCAAGGCCUACGUGUCGCCGCUCAGCGAACGCGUCGCCUACGUGCCGCCGCUCGCCGGCGCGCUCGACGAGGUCGCGGCGGACCCCCUCGACGAGCGCUCGGCGCCGCGCGACGGCGGCGGCCUCGGGCUCACCAGCCUCCAGCGGCGGCGCGUCGCCGAGGAGGAAGCAAACGGCGCCGCUCAGCAGAAGACGGCCGAACUGGGCUUGGCCAGCCUCCAGCGGCAGCGCGUCGCCGAUGAGGAAGCGGGGGGCACCGCUCGGCAGAAGGCGGCCGCGCUGGGGCUAGCCAGCCUCCAGCGGCAGCGCGUCGCCGAGGAGGAAGCGAACGGCGCCGCUCAGCAGAAGACGGCCGAACUGGGCUUAGCCAGCCUCCAGCGGCAACGCGUCGCCGAGGAGGAAGCGAACGGCGCCGCUCAGCAGAAGACGGCCGAGCCGGGCUUAGCCAGCCUACAGCGGCAACGCGUCGCCGAGGAGGAAGUGAAGCAAACCGCUCAGCAGAAGACGACCGAGCCGGGGUUGGCCAGCCUCCAGCGGCAGCGCGUCGCCGAUGAGCAAGCGAACGGCGCCGCUCGGCGGAAGGCGGCCGAACUGGGCUUGGCCAGCCUCCAGCGGCAGCGCGUCGCCGAGGAAGAAGCGAAGCGCAUCGUCGAGGAAGGAGCGGGACAGCUCGACGAGUUCGUGGCGGACGAGCCCGCGAUCAUCGUCGAGGACGCGGCGGACGAGCCCGCGAUCGUCGUCGAGGACCCCCUCGACAAGCGCGCGCCGCCGCUCGGUGACGGCGGCCUCGGCGGCAUCCUCGCGCAGAAGGCGGCCGAACUGGGGCUAGCCAGCCUUCAGCGGCAGCGCGUCGCCGAGGAGGAAGCGGCAAAGCUCAAGGCCGAACAGAAGGCGCUCCUCGAACUCGAAGCGGAGAAGCGCGUCGCCGAGGAGCAAGCGGCACAGCUCAAGGCCGAGCAGGAGGCGCCUCUCCCGGCCGAGGUCGACACGCGAUCGCUCCGAGCGGAGGGCCAGCGCGUCCUCGAAAGCAAGUGGGCUGAGCAGGCGGAGCGCGAAGCCGCCUGGACCGCGGCGUCCGUCGCGAGCCUCGAGCGGGCGCGCGUCGCCGAGGAAGAAGCUACGCAGCUCAAGGCCGGGCAGGAGGCGCUCCCUGCUGUCGAGGAAAUCCUGGACAACAAGUCGGCCGAGCAGGCGGGGCGCGAAGCCACCUUGCGCGCGGCCUCGGUAGCCAGCCUCGAGCGGCUGCGCGUCGCCGAGCAGGAAGCGGCGCAGCUCCUCGCUGCCGAGGAAGGGCAGCGCGUGCGCCGGGCGGAGCGUGAGCGCGUUCUCGCGGCGAAGGCGGCCGAGCAGGCGGAGCGCGAAGCCGCCUGGCGUGCUGCUUCGCUAGCCAGCCUCGAGCGGCUGGCCGAGCAGGAGGCACUCCUCGCAAUCGAAGCCGAGAAAGGCGCGCUCAAAGCGGAGGGCGAGCGUGUCCUGGACGACGAGUCGGCCGAGCAGACGGAGCGCGACGCCUUGCGCACGGCUUCGGUCGCCAGCCUCGAGCGCGUGCGCGUCGCCGAGGCGGAAGCGGCGCGGCUCAAGGCCGAGCAAGAGUCGCUCUUCGCUGGCGAAGAGGAGCGACGCGCGCUCCGGGCCGAGGGCAUGCGCAGCUUGGAGGGCGAGUGGACGGAGCAGGCGGAGCGCGAAGCCGCCUGGACCGCGGCGUCCGUCGCGAGCCUCGAACGGGUGCGCGUCGCCGAGGCGGAGGCGGCGCGCGUCGCCGAGGCGGAAGCGGCGCAGCUCGAGGCCGAGCGAGAGGCGCUCUUUGAGCAGCAGCGCGUCGCCGAGGAGGAAGCGGUCAUGACGGAGCAGGAGGCGCCUCUCCCGGCUGACGUCGGCACGCGAUCGCUCCGAGCGGAGGUCCAGCGCGUCCUCGAAAGCAAGUGGGCCGAGCACGCCGAGCUCGAAGCGGCCUGGACCGCGGCGUCCGUCGCGAGCCUCGAGCGCGUGCGCGUCGCCGAGGCGGAAGCGGUGCGCGUCGCCGAGGCGGAAGCGGCGCGGCUCAAGGCCGAGCAAGAGGCGCUCUUCGAGCAGCUGCGCGUCACCGAGGAACAAGCGGUCACGACGGAGCAGGAGGCGCCCCUCCCGGCCAAGGUCGACACGCGAUCGCUCCGAGCGGAGGGCGAGCGCGUCCUGGAAAGCGAGUGGGCCGAGCAGGCGGAGCGCGAAGCGGCCUGGACCGCGGCGUCCGUCGCGAGCCUCGAGCGCGUGCGCGUCGCCGAGGCGGAAGCGGUGCGCGUCGCCGAGGCGGAAGCGGCGCGGCUCAAGGCCGAGCAAGAGGCGCUCUUCGAGCAGCAGCGCGUCGCCGAGGAGGAAGCGGUCAUGACGGAGCAGGAGGCGCCUCUCCCGGCUGACGUCGGCACGCGAUCGCUCCGAGCGGAGGUCCAGCGCGUCCUCGAAAGCAAGUGGGCCGAGCACGCCGAGCUCGAAGCCGCCUGGACCGCGGCGUCCGUCGCGAACCUCGAGCAGCUGCGCGUCGCCGAGGCGGAAGCUGUCGCGACGGAGCAGGAGGCGCCCCCCGACUGGCUCUCCGGCUCGGCGGCGGCGUCUUCCGCCGCACCCGCCGAGGUCGACACGCGAUCGCUCCGAGCGGAGGGCGAGCGCGUCCUCGAAAGCAAGUGGGCCGAGCAGGCCGAGCGCGAAGCCGCCUGGACCGCGGCGUCCGUCGCGAACCUCGAGCAGCUGCGCGUCGCCGAGGCGGAAGCUGUCGCGACGGAGCAGGAGGCGCCCCCCGACUGGCUCUCCGGCUCGGCGGCGGCGUCUUCCGCCGCGCCCGCCGAGGUCGACACGCGAUCGCUCCGAGCGGAGGGCGAGCGCGUCCUCGAAAGCAAGUGGGCCGAGCAGGCCGAGCGCGAAGCCGCCUGGACCGCGGCGUCCGUCGCGAACCUCGAGCAGCUGCGCGUCGCCGAGGCGGAAGCUGUCGCGACGGAGCAGGAGGCGCCCCCCGACUGGCUCUCCGGCUCGGCGGCGGCGUCUCCCGCCGCGCCCGCCGAGGUCGACACGCGAUCGCUCCGAGCGGAGGGCGAGCGCGUCCUCGAAAGCAAGUGGGCCGAGCAGGCCGAGCGCGAAGCCGCCUGGACCGCGGCGUCCGCCGCGAACCUCGAGCAGCUGCGCGUCGCCGAGGAGGAAGCGGUCACGACGGAGCAGGAGGCGCCUCUCCCGGCCGAGGUCGACACGCGAUCGCUCCGGGCGGAGGGCCAGCGAGCGGAGCGCGAAGCCGCCUGGACCGCGGCGUCCGUCGCGAGCCUCGAGCGGGUGCGCGUCGCCGAGGCGGAGGCGGCGCGGCUCAAGGCCGAGCAAGAGGCGCUCUUCGCCGGCGAGGAGGAGCGGCGCGCGCUCCGAGCCGAGGGCAUGCGCAGCUUGGAGGGCGAGUGGUCCGAGCAGGCGGAGCGCGAAGCCGCCUGGACCGCGGCGUCCGUCGCGAGCCUCGAGCGGGUGCGCGUCGCCGAGGCGGAAGCGGCGCGGCUCAAGGCCGAGCAAGAGACGCUCUUCGCCGGCGAGGAGGAGCGGCGCGCGCUCCGAGCCGAGGGCAUGCGCAGCUUGGAGGGCCAAUGGACCGAGCAGGCGGAGCGCGAAGCCGCCUGGACCGCGGCGUCCGUCGCGAGCCUCGAGCGGGUGCGCGUCGCCGAGGCGGAAGCGGCGCGGCUCAAGGCCGAGCAAGAGGCGCUCUUCGCCGGCGAGGAGGAGCGGCGCGCGCUCCGAGCCGAGGGCAUGCGCAGCUUGGAGGGCGAGUGGACCGAGCAGGCGGAGCGCGAAGCGGCCUGGACCGCGGCGUCCGUCGCGAGCCUCGAGCGGGUGCGCGUCGCCGAGGCGGAGGCGGCGCGGCUCAAGGCCGAGCAAGAGGCGCUCUUCGCCGGCGAGGAGGAGCGGCGCGCGCUCCGAGCCGAGGGCAUGCGCAGCUUGGAGGGCGAGUGGUCCGAGCAGGCGGAGCGCGAAGCCGCCUGGACCGCGGCGUCCGUCGCGAGCCUCGAACGGGUGCGCGUCGCCGAGGCGGAGGCGGCGCGGCUCAAGGCCGAGCAAGAGGCGCUCUUCGCCGGCGAGGAGGAGCGGCGCGCGCUCCGAGCCGAGGGCAUGCGCAGCUUGGAGGGCGAGUGGUCCGAGCAGGCGGAGCGCGAAGCCGCCUGGACCGCGGCGUCCGUCGCGAGCCUCGAACGGGUGCGCGUCGCCGAGGCGGAGGCGGCGCGGCUCAAGGCCGAGCAAGAGGCGCUCUUCGCCGGCGAGGAGGAGCGGCGCGCGCUCCGAGCCGAGGGCAUGCGCAGCUUGGAGGGCCAGUGGACCGAGCAGGCGGAGCGCGAAGCCGCCUGGACCGCGGCGUCCGUCGCGAGCCUCGAACGGGUGCGCGUCGCCGAGGCGGAGGCGGCGCGGCUCAAGGCCGAGCAAGAGGCGCUCUUCGCCGGCGAGGAGGAGCGGCGCGCGCUCCGAGCCGAGGGCAUGCGCAGCUUGGAGGGCCAGUGGACCGAGCAGGCGGAGCGCGAAGCCGCCUGGACCGCGGCGUCCGUCGCGAGCCUCGAACGGGUGCGCGUCGCCGAGGCGGAGGCGGCGCGGCUCAAGGCCGAGCAAGAGGCGCUCUUCGCCGGCGAGGAGGAGCGGCGCGCGCUCCGAGCCGAGGGCAUGCGCAGCUUGGAGGGCGAGUGGUCCGAGCAGGCGGAGCGCGAAGCCGCCUGGACCGCGGCGUCCGUCGCGAGCCUCGAACGGGUGCGCGUCGCCGAGGCGGAGGCGGCGCGGCUCAAGGCCGAGCAAGAGGCGCUCUUCGCCGGCGAGGAGGAGCGGCGCGCGCUCCGAGCCGAGGGCAUGCGCAGCUUGGAGGGCCAGUGGACCGAGCAGGCGGAGCGCGAAGCCGCCUGGACCGCGGCGUCCGUCGCGAGCCUCGAGCGGGUGCGCGUCGCCGAGGCGGAGGCGGCGCGGCUCAAGGCCGAGCAAGAGGCGCUCUUCGCCGGCGAGGAGGAGCGGCGCGCGCUCCGAGCCGAGGGCAUGCGCAGCUUGGAGGGCGAGUGGUCCGAGCAGGCGGAGCGCGAAGCCGCCUGGACCGCGGCGUCCGUCGCGAGCCUCGAGCGGGUGCGCGUCGCCGAGGCGGAGGCGGCGCGGCUCAAGGCCGAGCAAGAGGCGUUCUUCGCCGGCGAGGAGGAGCGGCGCGCGCUCCGAGCCGAGGGUAUGCGCAGCUUGGAGGGCCGGUGGUCCGAGCAGGCGGAGCGCGAAGCGGCCUGGACCGCGGCGUCCGUCGCGAGCCUCGAGCGGGUGCGCGUCGCCGAGGCGGAGGCGGCGCGCGUCGCCGAGGCGGAAGCGGCGCAGCUCGAGGCCGAGCGAGAGGUGCUCUUCGAGCAGCAGCGCGUCGCCGAGGAACAAGCCGUCACGACGGAGCAGGAGGCGCCCCUCCCGGCCAAGGUCGACACGCGAUCGCUCCGAGCGGAGGGCAUCCGCGUCCUGGAAAGCAAGUGGACCGAGCAGGCGGAGCGCGAAGCCGCCUGGACCGCGGCGUCCGUCGCGAGCCUCGAGCGGUCGUGCGUCACCGAGGAACAAGUGGUCACGACGGAGCAGGAGGCGCCCCUUCCGGUCGCGGCGUCUGUCGCGAGCCUCGAAUUGCUGCGUGUCGCCGAGCCGGAAGCGCCGCAGCUCGAGACUGAGCAGGAGGCGAGCCUCUCGCCCGCGGAAAGAAGGAGGCGCGCGCUCCGAGCGAAGGCCCAGCGCGUCGUGGAUAGCAAAUGGGCCGAGCAGGCGCACCUCGAAACAUCCUCGACUACGGCGUCCGUCGCGAGGCACGAGCGGCUGCGCGUCGCCGAGGAACAAGUGGUUACGACGGAGCAGGAGGCGCCCCUCCCGGCCGCGGCGUCUGUCACGGGCCGCGAGGGGCUGCGCGUCGCCAAGGCGGAAGCGCCGCAGCUCGAGACCGAGCAGGAGGCGAAUCUCUCGGCCGCGGAAAGAAGGAGGCGCGCGAUCCGAGCGAAGGCCCAGCGCGUCGAGGAUAGCAAGUGGGCCGAGCAGGCGCACCUCGAAACCUCCUCGACCGCGGCGUCCGUCGCGAGGCCCGAGCGGCCGCGCGUCACCGAGGAACAAUCAGCACAGCUCAAUGCCGAGGAUGACGAUCUCUCUGCGUCUGUCGCGAGCCGCAAGGGGCCGCGCGUCGCCAAGGCGGAAGCGCCGCAGCUCAAGACCGAGCAGGAGGAGGCGAGCCUCUCGGGAAACAAGGAGCCCGCGAUGUCGUCCAUGGCCAACGGCUCCCUGGGCGCCAAGGUCGUCGUCGGCCUCGCCGUCGUGGCGCCCAUCGCCGUGUUCUUCGGCGAGGCCAUCACGGGCCGCACGGAGCUCGCCGGCGCGGCGGCCGUCGUGCCCGUGCUGCUGGGCGCGCUGGUCUUCUGGGGCAUGUGGCCCGUGCUCCGGCGCAUGAGCCGCCUCGACACGCUGCGGUUCUGCUCCGGCAUGAUCCUGGUGCAGACGGUCUGGGUCGUCGUCUGCGUGUCCGUGUUCUUCCCCGACGCCGUCGCGACGGCGCUGGAGUCGAUGGCGACGACGUCCGGCGCGUUGAGCCUGCUGGCGGGCAUCUCGCUGGCGCUGGGCGACUGCGGCAUCGCGCUGACCAUCGAGCAGAUCGGCAUCGGCGUCGGGCCGCCGAUCAUCUUCACGACGAACAUCGUCUUCGGGUCGUCCAUCGACUACGCCCUCAGCGAGGACAAGUCGACGUGCCGCGGCGCCUGCCUCGGCUUCAGCGUCUGCGUCGCCGUCGUCGGCAUCCUGCUGAACAGCCUCGCGUCCGCGGCGAAGCCGCCGCCGAUCUCCGAGGCGGAGAAGGAGGGUUUGCUCGUCGACGGCGUCGCCGGCGCGCCGCCGGCGGCGGACCGAUGGCGCCGGACGCUGGAGCUCGGCGCCUGCGUCACCGUGGGCAUCUUCUCCGGCGGCUGGUCGCCGCUCCUCACGGCCGCGUCGGACGUGUCGAGCGGCAACGACGGCAACUACCUCUGGGGCUUCUACGUCAUCUUCCAGGUCGGCGAGUGCCUCGCCCUCGCCGCGCUCGUCGCGCUGGCGGCGCUCGCGCACCACGCGCCCGGCGGCAAGGCGCGCGCCGACGGCGACGGCAAGCCCCAGGCCCUCUGCGGCGGCAACUGGAAGGCCGCGCUCCGCGUCUACGGCGUGCCCGCGUCCACGGGCAUCGUCAUCGGCACGGGCUUCGUCUGCUACUUCCUCACGACGUCCGCGGACGUCGCGUCGUCCACGUCCUACGCGUUGGGCUCCUGCUGCUCGCUCGUGUCCAUGGCCUACUCCUACUUCGUCUUCCGCGAGUACGAGCACGCGCCGCCCUCCGUCGUCCUGCCCUUCAAGCUCGCGGGGGCCUGCUACGCCGUCGCCAUCUUCAUCCUCGCGCUCUCCGAGCCCGUCUUCUGCGUUGCGCGGGUAGCUGAUCAUCGCCUCCUGAAAACCAUGUCGGACGCCCUCUACGAGCCCCUCACGGUCGAGGAGCCGGAGGAGCGGUCGGCGUCCUACGGCGGCGACGCCUUUGAGCUCCUCAAAGCCGACCGCGUCUGCUACCUCGUGGCCGCGCCGCGGGCGGAGUUGUCGCGCGGCGGCGGCGUCGGCGGCGCGGCGCGGCGGCUCUGCCGGUCCCUGCGCGACGGCUGCUGCGCGCCGCCGCACCUCAAGGCGCUGGUUUUAGACGCGCGCUUCGAGUGCCGCCGCGGCGACUUUCGAGCGAUAUUGGGCGCGUCCGGUGCGGGCAAGAGCACGUUCCUGCAGGCCCUGAGCGGCCGCGCGAGCGGCGGCGUCCUCGCGGGCGCCGUGUCCCUCGACGGCUUCGCCUUCGCGCCGGGCUCGCGGCGCUUCCGCCGCGCCGUCGCGUUCGUCGCCCAGGACGACGGCGCGACGCACGCGCCGGAACUGACCUGCGGCGAAACUCUGGACAUCGCCGCGGCGCUCCGGCGGCCGCGGGAGCCGCGGGCCGCGCGACAGCGGGCCGCGGCGCGCGCCGCGCGGGACCUCGAGCUCGAGGCGUGCGCGGGCACCGCCGUCGGCGGCGCUCUAGAUAAGGGCCUCAGCGGCGGGCAGCUCCGGCGGCUGAGCGUGGCCUGCGCGACGCUGGGCACGGGCGGCCACGUCCUGAUCGACGAGCCGACGUCGGGCCUCGACUCGCGCACGGCCGCGGCGCUCUGCGCGGUGCUCCGGAGCCUCGCGUCGGGCGACCGGAGGCUCGGCGUCGCCUGCUCGAUCCACACGCCGCCCCCCGAGUGCUGGGCCGCGCUCGACGGCGUCCUCGUGCUCGCCACGGGGGGCGCCACGCUCUACGCCGGGUCGCCCGCCGGCGCCGCGGCCGCCGUGCGCGCGCGGCUCGGCGACGACGCGCCGAACGGUUCGGACGACGCCGCGGACUUCGUCGUCCGCGCGUCCGUCGCGAGGGGCGUCCCCGCGCGCUGCGCGGCGUCGGCGCCCCCGGCCGACGACCUGUUGCGCGCUUGCGAUGCUGCUGUGUACAACACGCAAACCCCGCAGCCGCCGGGAGCGGCCUGGCGGGACGAUUUGGCGGCCGCGGCGACGCGGCUUUUCUACCUGGCGAAACGGGCCAAACGGCGGCUCUUGAGCGACACGGCCUACCUGCGCGGCGUCCUCCUCGUUCGCCCGACGAUCAUCGCCCUGGGCGCGCGCGCGCUCUUCGGCGCCGUCGGCGAUCUCCGAGGCGAUCGCCUCGCGGCCGCGGAGGCGCGCGGCUGCGAGACGGGCCCGUCGGCCGCGGCCCAGGACUGCUGCGCCGUCCUCUUCUUCUUCGUCGCCUACGCGGCGAUGAACUCCCUCGAGGCCAUCCCCCAGCUCUUCGCGCGGCGCGCGGCCUACGCGCGCGAGCGCGACGCGGACGCCUGUGCCGAAUUCGACCACUGCUCGGCGGACGCGGUGAGCCCGCCGCUCGAGGCCGUCGUCGCCGCGGCGAGCCGGCUGCCGCUGCUGGCGGGGUCGCUCCUCGUCUUCAGCGCCAUCGCCGUGCCCCUGCUCGGCUUCCUCGCCGCGCCGGCCCACGCCGCGACGCGACGCGACGAAGAGCCCUGCGGCUUCUGGGACACGGGAGGCUGCGACGGCGGAACCCCGACGGCCGCGAAGCUCCGCUUCUUCGGCCAGGUCUACGCGGUCGUCCUCGCCUUCCAGUGGACGGCCUACUGGGCGGCGCUGGCCCUCGCCUGCGCCUGCCCGUCGGCGGCCGUGGCGCUCGGCGCCUUCCCGGCGCUGUUGAUGGUGAACCUCACGCUCAGCGGCUUCAACGUGCCGCUGCCGGGGCUCUCGAAGCCCCUCCGGGUGCUCGCGGCGGCGUCGCCCUGCCGCUACGCCUUCGAGGCGCUCUGCGCGCUGGCGCUGCGGCCCUGGCCCGGCGGCGACGACGUCCUCGACUUUUAUUUCGGCGACGGGCGGCCGGCGGAACCCCUCGCGCCGUGCUUGCUCGCGCUCUGCGGCUGCGGGGCCGCGGCGCUCGCCGGCGUCUACGCGGCGCUCGCCGCCGCGCCGCCGGCGCCGCGGCGGCCCGUGAAGCGGUCGCGGCUCCGCGGGGCCGCGGCCGGCGCGCUGCGGCGCGCGCGCGACGGGUUCGACGCGCCCGCGCCCGACGGCGGCGACGACCGCGACGAGCCGGCGGACGCGACGAUCGAGCUCGCGGACCUGGGCGACGGCGCGGCCCGGGGCGACGGCCGCGUCGCCCUGGGCUUCACGGCCGUCCACUACCGCGUGCCCGCCGUCUCCGCGCGGUGGGCGCGCGGGGACGCCGCGCCGCCGCUCCACCUGCUGCGGGGCUGCGACGGCGCCGCGGAGCCCGGCGAGCUCGUCGCGCUCCUGGGCGCGUCGGGCGCGGGGAAGACGACGCUGCUGGACGUGCUGGCGGGCCGCGCGACGCGGGGCGUCGUCGACGGCGCCGUGCUCUACAACGGCGCGCCCUUGUGCGACGGCGGCCGGCGCCAGCUGGCCUACGCGCCGCAGGACCUCGCGCACGUCGCGUCGCUGGCCACGCUCGCGCCGGGCCUGGCGCUGCGCUACGCCGCGCGGCUCCGGGGCGUCGAACCGCGGGACGCGCCGCGGCGCGCGGCGCGGCUCCUCGCGUUCGCGCGGCUGGGGGGGUUGCGCGCCGACGCGGCGAUCGGCGAGCUCUCCGGCGGCGAGCUGCGGCGCCUCGCGCUGGCCUACGAGGUGGCCCACGCGCCGGCGUUGGUUUUUUGCGACGAGCCGACGACGGGCCUGGACGGCGUGAACGCGGGGAGGGUCGUGGACGGGCUGCGGCGCCUGGCGGACGGCGAGGCGCUGGACGCCGAGGCCGCGGAUCCCCGCGCGGUGCUCGCGACGGUGCACCAGCCGUCGCCGGCGGCCUUCGCGAGAUUCGACCGGCUGCUGCUCCUGGCGGCGGGGCGCGUCGUCUACUUUGGGGACGCGAGGGACGCGGAGGCGUAUCUCGCGGGCGAGCCGUGCCGGGGACUGUCGUCCGGCGACGCGGCGGCCUUUGCCGUCGCCGUCGCCGCUGGCACGGUGGCGACGAGCGACGGCCGGCCGGCGCUCAACGCCGAGGCGCUCGCCGACGCCUUCGCGGCGUCGGCCGCGGGCGCCGCGGCGCGGUCGGCGGUCGCGCGCGCGUCCGCGAGCCCGACGACGGACGCGGCGCGCGCGGCGCGCGCGGCCGCGACGGCCGCGCUCCCGCCCUUCCCGCUGUCGUUCCCGGCCCAGGCGCGCGUGCUCGCCGCGCGCGGCGCGGCGCGCCUCGCGCGGGAGCGGGGCUACCUGGCCGCGUGCGCGUGCCGCGGUUUCGUCGUCGUGGGCGCGUACGCGGCGCUCUACCGCGACGUCGAGCGCGACGCCUGCGCGGCGUCCUACGACGCGCUGGGUUUGCUCUUCUUCGUGCUGCUCUUCGUGGUCAUGACCCAGGUCCAGUCCGUGGCGCUGGUCUUCGGGGAGCGGACGCUCUUCGAGCGCGAGCGCGCGGCGAAGGCGUACGCGGCGGGGCCCUACGCGGCGGCGACGUUCGCGGUCUACGGGCUCUUCGCGUUCGGCAACGCGUUCCUGGUCGCCGCCGCCGUCGCGCUCGCCUGCGGGCUCGGCGGGGGCGACGGGCGGCGCGUCGCGGCGCUAAGCGGCGUCGCCGGGCUCGCGGGCGCGGGCGGCUUCGCGCUCUGCGCGGGCCUCGCGGCGGUCGCGCGGACGCCCCAGGCGGCGACCAUGCUCUUCAGCCUCGCGUCGUUUCUGGCCGUCGCCCUCGCGGGCUACCUCGUCAAGCUCCCGGGCCUGCCGCGGCCGCUGCGCGCCGCGGCCGCGCUCUCGUUCCCGCGCUGGGCCUACGAGGCCGCGGUGCUCCACGAGUUCGCGGGCCGGCCCGAGCUCCUCGGCGGCUCCGGCUACGAGGACGCCCUCUUCCGCGCCUACGGCUUCGAGGACGCGACGGUCGGCGCCUGCGUCGCCGCGCAGUGCGCGCUGCUCGCGGCGCUCCUCGCGGCCCACUUCGCCGCGCUCCGGCGCAUGAUGGCGUCGCGGACCGCGGCCUUUAGCGGGACGAACUGGAUGACGACGAAGAGCUUCGGCUCGACGCUCAACGCCGCCGGGAGCUCGAUCACGCGGACCCAGUCCUUCAAGGAGGAGCCCCGGUCGUUCCCCGGGCAGCCCCGGCGCGAGGGCGACUGCAGCCUCUUCCUCAAGUACAGCAGCCCCGCGAACCCCAUGGUCGUGACGCGGUCCGCGCCCGUGGGCGCGCGGCCGCGGGACCCGGACCAGGGGCCCCACGAGGUCUUCCCCCAGUUCAGCGAGGUCGCCGACUCGUGCGUCGCGCCGAGCCUCGCGGCGCCGCGGCCCAUGUCGCGCACCAUCAUCGCGUCGGGCCCGCGGGCCGUGCGGCCCCAGCGGUCCCACGCGCCGACGACGCCGUCCUUCUCCAACAGCUUCCAGCGCCUCCAGAAGAACCAGUCCUCGAAGACGGGCACGCUCACGCAGCGCGCGGGCUACAACAUCACCAACGACCUCACGCCGGCGCCGACGUCGGUCUCGUCGCCGCGCGCGGCGGUGCUCAUCGUGGGCAUCGCGCGGUCGCUGUUCCUGCCGCGCGUGCACGUGCUCACCCGGCGCUACCUCGUCGACGCGCUCGCGUCGCGGGGCGCGCGCGUCGACGUCUUCCUGCGGCUGGACAAGACGAUACAGAAGACCGAGGGCUCGGAGGCGCAGCGCCACGGGGGCGGCGGCGCGCGCGGCAUCGCGGAGCGCGCGGGCACGCUGCCCGAGUCCGUGCUCGCGCCCAUGCUCGCCGCGCUCCGGCCCCGGAAGACGAGCUGGUUCGUCGCCGGCGGCGACGAGGGCGCCGCGGACGCGGACGUCUUCCGGGAGGACGGCGCGCUGCGGCCCUGGGCGUCGCUGAGCAACGCGAGCCGGGGCGUCGCGCUCAUGCGCGCCUUCGACCGGCCGCUCUGGUCCCAGCUCUGGAACCGCGCCGUCGCGCGCGCGGAGGCCGUCGCCUACGGGAAGGCCCGCGGCUUCGCGUACGACUACUUCGUCGUCGCCCGGUCCGACGUCUGCUGGUACCGGCCCGCGCCGCCGCUCCAGGCCUUCUCCCGGGACCACGUGACGACGCCGGACGUCUGGAUGCUGACGGCCAACGACCAGUUCGCCGUCGCGCCGGCGGGGCCGCGCGCGGACGGGUUCCUGGACAUGGACGCGGCGGGCGCGUGGUGGUGCUUCGGCAACGCCUACGGCGGCUCGCCCUUCCACACGACGACGCCCCCGAAGCGCGCGUGCCUCGCGGCGCCCAUCGCCGCCGCCGUGCCGGCGCGCCUGGGGCCCUUCGGGGCGGCCGGCGACGAGCGAGUCAUCGCGGACGACGUCGUGGACCACUACUGCUGCACGGGCGACCGCGGCACGCUCUUCAACACGGACGUGGGCCACACGGAGCACCUCCUGGCGCGCAAGAUCUGCGGCUUCGCCGGGAAGCACGCCUGCGGCGACCACUUCGGCGGGUUCAAGCACCUCGACAUGCGGCGGUUGGUCCAGACCGUGGUCCGGUCCACGGGCGGCGCGGACUGCGGCCGCCUCAUCAACUACCAGGGCAACAAGGCCAUCCGGGCCUUCGGGCGGCCGAGCGUGGCCAACUACCUCACGUGCGUCCUGGCGUUCCACGACUGCGAGUUCAGGGACCGCGCGCGCGCCGUGCUCGGGCCCUGGAGCGGGUCGCCCGUGGCCGACCGCGCCGCGGGCUUCGCGCCCGAGGCCAUGGCGAGGCGCUGCGCCUGGCCGCCGGCGGCGCUGGGGCCCGACGGCGACGCCGCGCGGCCGACGCGCCUCGAAACCGGCGGCGGCGCGUGCGUGACCGUCGCGACGCGCGAGGGCGUCGACGUCGCGGCCUUCCACCUGUCGCUCGCGCCCUGCGUCGCCGAGGUCGCGCCCGACGACCUCUUCGCCGGCCCCGUGCACGGCCUCGGCCACGCGAAGCCUUUGGCCCAUUCUCCCACUCAGCUCUUCGCGCCGCUGCGGCCGCGGGCGGGCGCGGGCGGCGUCGAGCUCCUCUGGCUCGACCCGCGGUGGCACGCGGACUGGCGCUGCGUCGUCGCGCCGCCAAACGGGGGGGCGCUGCGCCUCGGCGCCUGCGCGGGGCUCGGCGAGCGCCGCGGCAAGCCGCCGGGCGACCCGGGGACCGCGUUCGCCCACUCGGGAAACGGCGCGGCGCCGCUCGUCGACGGCGCGUCGGGCCUCUGCGUCGUCGGCUCCGCCGUGCUCGCCGCGGGGCCCUGCGCCGCCGCCGUCGAGGUCGCGCUCGUCGAGCCGCGCGCCUAA